CUUCAUUCUUUUUCUCACUUUUCUUUUCAUCAUGCCAUACUCUGCUGCCAUUACACGUCUCGUCCCCAACUCUUUCGAAAACUGUGUGACCAAUGUCGACAAUAGUGCUCAACCCAUUGACAUCAAACUUGCUCAAAAACAACACGAUGCUUAUGUAGAUAUUCUCAAGAAAUAUAUCCCAAAUGUCAUUGUUGUAGAAGCUGAUGAAAAUCAUCCAGACUGUAGUUUUGUUGAAGAUACUGCAACAGUUUUUGGAAAUGUGGCUGUCAUUGAUCAACCUGGUCAUCCUUCAAGAAGAAACGAAGUCCCUGCUAUUGAAAACGCAUUGAAACAGAUUCCUUCUAUACAAACUAUCAUUAAAAUGGAAGAUAUGGAUAAGGAAGCUUUAUUGGAUGGUGGUGAUGUAUUGAAUACUGGUGCGCAUAUAUUUGUCGGCUUAUCUGAUAGAACUAAUAUUAAAGGUGGUGAAGUAUUACAAAAGGCAUUCGAUGGUUUAGUCAAGACUUUUAUUAUGGAAACUCCUGAUGAGAUGCUUCACUUGAAAUGUGGUAUCACGGCUUUAGAAGAUACAAAGACAUUGAUUGCUGUAGACUAUGCACGUCCUAUUGUUAUGGAAAUGAAUCGAUUAACUGACAAUCAUUACAAUGUGAUCUAUGUUCCUGAUUUGGUUGCAGCCAAUGUCCUUAGUGCCAAUGGAUUGUUGUUGAUUCAAGAAGGUUUCCCCAAGAGUGAACAAGUUCUUCGUGAACAUUUCAAGUCGCUUGAUAUUGUUGCAUUGAACAUGUCUGAAAUCAUCAAGGCGGAUGGUGCUUUGACCUGUGGUUCCAUUUUGAUCAAAUAGUAUUAGUUUAAAUAUUUGUUUUUAUUGAAUUCCUUGUGUAAAAUAAAAUAAAAUAAAAAAAAAAAACUCUAUAUUUUUUUUUU